GCUCGGUAUAUACACGUGUCCAUAGCGGACCGUAGUAUAAAUAGAGCUCGCUCUAACGACCCGACAGUCAAGACCAUAUUGCGGCUUUACGAAAAUGAUUCGCUUCACCGUGGUCGUCCUGGCUUUAGUCACCGUUUGUGUGGCGUCGAAGCCACGUCCAGUACGUGCACUUCUCGCUGGAUGGAGUGAUGUCGACCCACAGGUCAGCCCGAAGUACUUGGAACUGGCUCACUUUGUAGUGGGAUCGCAAACCAAAGGACUGGAGUACUACAAUACCGUCGUUGAAGUUACCAAAGCAAGCAAGUAUAUGGGCAAGCUAUUUGCUGGCAUGAGAUACAGGCUGACGCUUAAGGUGGUCCCAUCCACUUGCAAGGUCGGCGAAGUUGAGUACAGCAGGGAACUUUGUCUGCCACAACCUGGUGCGGCAACGAAGACAUGCGAAGCUCAACUGUACGUGGCUCCGUGGCAGAACAAGAGGCAGGUCACUUCGUUCAGCUGCCACUAGGUUUUUCGUAUAGCGGUGAACCAGUACCACGGGCAGCAGUUGUGACGGAUACCACAAGCUAUGUUUUUACAACACUGUAAACUGAAAAACACCUUUAUGGGUGUAAAUGGCUUGUCCUAUAACUCACACCACUUUUUACAACUAUGGUCUGGAACAACCUUUUAAGAGGGUGUAUUCUGUGUAAAACACCCUUUUUAGAGGGUGUAUUCCGUGUAAAACACACUUUGAAAAGGUGCUUUUCCUUGAGAAAUGUCGUCUUUUGCACCGUUUAUACACCCUUUUACGAAGGAGUUUAACAAUCUUACACCCUUUUAAAAGGGUGUUUAAAGGGUGCAAAAGAAUACAUUUUCGAUGGAAAGCACCCUUUUAAGGGGUGUAUUACACGGAAUACACCCUCUAAAAAUGGUGUUCCAGACCAUACGGUGUAAAAAGUGGUUUGAGUUUUAGGACAAGCCAUUUACACCCAUAAGGGUGUUUUUAAAUUUACAGCGAUAUACUGUAUACCUGGUGUGAGGCGUACGCACCUACUUAGUGAUAGCCGGAGCGGUUUACGACCUUUUAAAUUGAAACUUCCUCUCUAAUAAAUUGUAUUUCCAAGCUAU